GGAGCAAGUUAAUAUGAGCUCAUAAACGACCUGGGUUGUUAUGGACUUACGUAUAAAGUAUAUCAGACUGGAUGUGACCCUGUGAACCCUGGUUGCCAGGGAGAGUGGUGGGGCCAUGGCUGCGGGGGCUACAGUGGGGGAAAGCCAACUCCAGAGGAUUAUCCGAGAUCUGCAUGAGGCUGUUGCAGAACUCGCGAAGGAGUACAGAGAAAAUGGGGAGCCAAUCACAGAUGACAGCACCAACCUGCACAAAUUCUCCUACAAACUGGAAUACCUGCUACAGUUUGACCAAAAGGAAAAGACCACAUUUCUCGGGACAAAGAAGGAUUACUGGGAUUACUUCAUAGAUUGUCUGGCCAAGAUCAAAGGAGCCAAUGAUGGGAUCCGCUUUGUCAAAUCUAUUGCUGAGUUGAAGACAUCUCUGGGGAAAGGACGGGCAUUUAUCCGCUACUCUCUCGUACAUCAGCGUCUGGCUGACACUCUGCAGCAGUGCCUGAUGAAUCAGAGAGUGACUAGUGACUGGUACUAUGCAAGAAGCCCUUUUCUGAAGCCCCAUCUCAGUGUGGAUAUUGUCAAUCACCUGUAUGAACUUAAUGAAGUCCAGUUUGAUGUGAGUUCCAGAGGACAUGACCUUGAUGCCUCCUGGCCCACUUUUGCAAGGAGGACACUGGGAAGUGCCAACUCCCCUGCCCACAUGUGGAAACCACCUAGUCGCAGUUCCAGCAUUAAUAGUUUGGCCAGCACGUACUCCCAGCAAGCACCCGAGUUCCCUUGUAGUCCAGACUAUGGUCAGAGUCUGCUGAAUGAUCUCAAUGAGUCUCUGCCUCCAUGCAGUGAGGAUGCAAGCACAAUUGAAGACCUCCGUCUGGAGCUGGACCAGUCUGAGCUGAAACAUCGAGAGCUCCUAGAUAAGAUGCAGCAGCUGGGCGAGGAGGCUGGUGAGCUCCGGGGGGUUGUGGUGGAGCUCCAGAGACAACUGGAUGUGUCACUUGCUGCCCAGGAGGAGCAACAAGGAUUGCAAGGAGAACUCGAAGCACUACAGGGCAGAGAGGAGGCCCUGUCAAAAGAGUUGACAGCACUUAGGACUGGAGAAAAAGCCAGGGAGGCUGAACAACAGCUCCUCCAGGAGAAGUUGGCUGUAGCUGAGGGGAAGAACAUUGAGCUUCUGGCCAAGUUGGAUGGGGUUUUGAAUGAGAAGGGCCAACAGGCGGCAAGUUACUUUGAUUCAGCACAAAAGAUACAUGAGUUGCUGGACAAAUUGAAAGAGGCAGAAAAAGGGAAGAUGGAAGCUGUAGCUGAGGUAGAAGAGAAGAAGAGGCAGGCAGAAAGGCUGGAGGAGGAGCUGAGAGUGAAGGAGGCAGCUGCAAAGGAUGGGGAGACCAAAUUGGAAAGAAUAGUUACAUCUGCAGCUGAGGAGAAGGCCAGGUUGGAAGCUCAAGUGGAAGAACAGCAGAGUGCUCUAGAUAAGAUGCAAGGGGCCUUGACUUUAAGAGAGAAGGAGGCCUGCAAUCUACAAAGACAGCUACAGGACCUCCAAAAAUCUGUGGAGGAAAGGGAGAAGGAGGUGGAGGAGGUAAAGAGGAGGGCCCAGGAGGACAAAGAUGAAAUGCAGAAGAAUGUUGAUGGCUUACAAGAGUCUUUAGGAGCAAAAGUUACUGAACUUAAAGUGCACCUUGACAGAAAGGAGGCAGAGCUAACCUCCAGCAGCAAGAUGGUACAGGAGCUGCAAACCAAGAACCAAGGCCUGAUCACAGAGCGGGACAAACUAACCACUACCUUGACUGAACUGGAGGACAGUGUCAAAGAACAGGCGAUGAAGAUCGAAGACUACAAGGUACAGUGUGGCAGUUUAAUGGAAUUAAAUGAGAAGCUGCUGAGCACAGUGAAGAGAAACGAGGAGCUGAAGAAGGAGAUGGUAGAAAACAGAACAGUGCUGGAGGCUGAACUAGCAACUUUAAGGGCCUCUGAGAAACAACUUCGAGGCCAGCUGGACGAUACAAAAAUUACAGUGGAUGAAAAAGAGACAAAGUUACGAGAAGAGAAUCGUAAGCUGGAUGAGAGUCUGCAGCGAGCAACAAUGGCCACAAAGGUCUCAGAGGCCACAGCAAAGCGGCUCGAGCAGGAGAAUCAGAGUCUAAGAGAGGAGCAAGAUACUGUAAAAGCUGCUCUUGGCCGCAUGCAAGCUGACCUGAAGAGCGUCCAUGGGCAGAUUGGAGAGUUGGAGAAGAACUUGGGAACCUCACGGAAGAAUGAGCAAAGCCUUCAGGAUCAGCUCCAAACAAAGGAGUCGGAGAUAGAAAGCAAAGAGAAGAGCAUUACCGAACUCCAGUCAAGGCUACAAGAUCUGGAGGCCAAAGAGAAGGAACUUAAAAAAGCCAAGACUGACGCAGAAGCAACCUGUGCUAAACAGACAGAAGUGAUUGAACGGGUUACCUGUGAGAAACAGGCGAUGGAAAAAUCUCAGCUUGAAAGGAACUCUGCCCAAGCUAAGGAGAACCAGGAAGUCGCUGGUAAACUGAUAGUGGUCGAAAGCCAGUUGGAGGUGAGCAUGAAAGAAGUAGCCAGGCUCCAGACAGAGGUCCUGGACCACAGAGUGCAGGUACAGAGACUUGAGGAAGAAAAGCUCAAGGCCCAAGCUCAGCUUGAGGUGACAGAGGCCCAGAGAGAUGAACUCAGGACUCUGACUGAGCAGCUUAAAGCCCAUACUGAGGCACUAAAUCAGAAGCAGGUAGCAGAGCUGAUGGAGUGCAAAAAGAAAGAAGAGGAGCUGAUUGUACAGCUUAACAGAGAAGGAACUGCCAGCGCAGAGUUGGCUAUCACUUUGGCCGCUGUUCGAGAUGAACUGUCCAACCUAAAGGCAGAAAAUAACCGCCUGAGCAUUGAGAACAGCGAGACCCGUGAGGGUCUGCACCGGGCCAACACAGAGAUGGCAGAGCUAGGGAUCACAAUCUGUAAACUGAGCACUGAAAAGGAGGAGGCCACAGCGCAUUGGGCAGAAGACGCCGCCAGAAUUGAGGAGCUGGAGAAGGAGACUGAACUUCUUGAACUGCGCAUGGCAGAACUACAACAGGAGAAUAAAAGACUAAGAGAAGAGCUGACACAGAUGGAGACGCUUCCAGGGAAUAUUAUGGAGCUGCAGGAACAGUUGGAAAAAGCCAAGAGCCAAACACAGAGUCUCAAGAAUUCAAGCCGAGAGGAGAUGGACGCGGUUAAGUUCCAGAUGAGCUCAGAGAGCAUGAAUUAUCAAGCCCAGAUGAAGGCUAUGAAUGAACAGCUUGACCUGGUGAAAUCCCAGCUGCAGGAGGAGCUGACGAACGUGUCUACCUUACGGGCCAAAGUGUCUGAGAUCGAGGCUGUGAAUGAGCAGUACUUGCAGUUAACUGGUGAAAAAGAUGCUCACAUCACAAAGACAGAAGCCACUAUUCGUGAGAAUGAGAGCAAGAUUCAGCAGCUACAACAUGCAGCUAGCAGUGCUAAAGAUUCACACUUGGCUGCACAAAACCUUUGUGAGGAAUUGAGCCAGAAACUGAGAGCAGCAGAAGCCGACAAGCAAAGUCAGUAUCUGACGAUGUCUGCAGAGAUUGAUGACCUCAACAGAACCAAAAGCACCCUGGAGGAGCGGCUCAUCGAGCUUAUUAGGGAUAAAGAUGCCCUGUGGCAAAAGACGGAUGCUCUGGAGUUUGAGCAGAAACUUCGAGCUGAGGAACGCUGGUGGUUGGUGGAUAAAGAGGCCACUCACUGCCUUGGCUGUCAGGGCCAGUUCACCUGGUGGCUGCGCAGACAUCACUGCAGGCUUUGUGGUCGCAUCUUCUGCUACUACUGCAGCAACAACUUUGUGAUGACCAAACACAGUGGGAAGAAAGAACGCUGUUGCAGGGACUGUUACAGCCAACACAGCGCCGUGGUGGAGAGGUUCACAGAAGCAGAGCUGAGUCCUUCAGACAUCCAGUCUCCUCCACCUGGAGCUGGACCUCAGCCCCCCCCUCAGCCAGCCCCUUAUAAACCCACCCCCAGGGUAACAGUUUCAGACCCCAGCAGCAAGUCUGAUGACGGAGCGUUUGACAUCAUCACAGAAGAAGAAGUGAAUGGCGUCUAUGACAGUGACACCACCUCCCAGACCACAGGAGGCUCCUUAGAGGGAGAGCAGGACAGACGGCCUGGAAUACUCAAUAUAGGUACAGGAGAUGUGACACCUGAUGACGCUGAAGACCAUGUUCCCACCGUUCAGGAUGCAGAAAUCAAUCUUGUCAAGUCAGGAGAAGUCACGAUGGCUGUCUCUUUUAGCAUUGAGGAUAUUUCGCAGUUUGGUGACGCUUCCAGGGAGCUCUUCAUCAAAUCCAGCUGUUACAGUGUGAUAACAAUUUCUGUGAGUGACUGUGGACCUACCAUCAGCUGGAUGUUUUCCUCAGAGCCAAAGAGCAUCUCUUUUAGUGUUGUCCACCGGGAGUCCACUGACACUCCAUUGGAACAGUCAAAGGUCUUGAUUCCUCUCACUCGCUGCAAUUCCCAUAAAGAGACAAUUCAGGGGCAGCUCAAAGUGCGACACCCCGGCCUCUACACAUUGAUCUUUGAUAACUCCUUCUCUCGGUUUAUCUCCAAGAAAGUCUUCUACCAUCUGACCAUGGAGAAGCCCAUAAUCUAUGACGGAAGCGACUUUCCCUGAAGCUGCAGAAUGUGUGCUGCCACAGAUCCAGCAGCAAGAUGUGUUGCUGGAUGCACUGAGCCUGAUUAUGGCACAGACUAAAUAGAUGGCAGUUGGAAGGUUCUGUAUGUAAGAUUUGCACAUCGUUAGCCUCGUAGCAUUAUUAUCUGUCAUACACUAUAUAAGCAAAAGUAUUGGCACACAUUAUAUUCAGGUGUUUCUUUUCUAACAGGGGUCUGGGAUACAAAACAGUAAUGACAAACACCAUAAUAUAGUUUUAUAUUCUGAUAAAUAUCAUGUUGAUUAUUAAUACUGAUGUUUAUAUCUCAAAACAGCAUGAGCAGGACAUCUUACUAGUUGUUGCCAUGAUGUGUCCCAAUGUUUUUGUCCAUGUAGUUUAUAAACAUCAAUAUUUCCUCAAAGUUUAAUGGGAGAUUUUUCUUUCUAAGUGAGAUGUCAAGAAAGUAGAUGGUCAGUUGUGGCAGAAAAUUAUGAUAUACAGUCAGAGUAUGAAAAAUAUUUGAGAACUUUAGAUGUACAGAACAUUUAAAAUCUUAGUCAAGGAUAAAAAGAAAUCAUUGUUGAGAGAAAUUAAGUAAAAACCAUCUCUGAGGCAUUUUGGAAGCAGAGAUAACAAUUUAAACCAAACUAAUCAAUGUAAUGAUAUUUAUCCCAAUAUAA